GUCUCUGCACACACUCACCACCAACUUCCCUAAAUUCAAAAGUAUUUAUACAUAUUUAAGUCAUAUGAAUAUAAUGAAACAGUCUUGGUCAAACUGUUAUAAUUCUCUUCAAAAUUGACAUCAAACCCCACAAUCUAAACUCAAAACUAAUCAAAAUCCGUCCUGGGUUCUGUUUAAUACUGACCAAACCCAAAUGGGUCGGAGGCAGAUCGACUCCGAACCGACCCGGUGGGUCUCACUGACCCUGUUAACGAUGGGCAUGUUUUCAUGUUUUCUUGUUUACAUGUUCAUGUCAACGAUGUUGAGACCCAAUGAAGAGAUCAAAUAUUUGUCAAAUUCAGAAACUGAAUCUAUAACAAUGGAAGGAAAUGAUGAUGGUGGGUGUUGCAGAGGGGUUGAUAAUUUGGAAUUGUGGGGUGCCGCUGUUAAGUGGGGUUCAGAUUUCAAGUUUAAUUCUUCAGUUGAAUGUUGUGAUGCUUGUAAGGCUAUGUGUAAUGGUAAAGAUGGGCCUUGUUUGUGUGAUUCUUGGGUGUUUUGUGGGAAUCCUGAGGUUUGUGGGUCAAAAUUAGGGGAGUGCUGGUUGAAGAAACAAAAGGAUCCUUUGGCUCCUGAUAAGCAACAAAUAGGAGAAAACACCAUUUGGACUUCUGGCCUUAUUUUUGGAAAAGGGGAGGGAAUAGUGAAAAUGGAAACAGAAUAUGGCAGUCUUCACAUAAAGCUCCUCCCCGAAUGUGCCCCACAUUCUGUGAUGUACAUUCUUGAGUUGUUGACCAUGCGUCAUUGUGCGGGAUGCCAGUUUUAUCGAGCUGAAGGUCGUGGUCAAAUUUGGGAUUCACAAGGAAAUCACCUGAAAUCCGCUUCUUUUGGACCUCCAUUUGCAUUGAUUCAAGGAACACUUGAAGCUGAAGGAGUUGCAUUUAAAAAGUUACCAACGGAGGAAUGUCCAAUAAUCCAAAGGGGUUCAGUUGCGUGGGUAGGUUCCGGCCCAGAAUUCUUUAUCAGCCUGGCAAACCAUGAAGAGUGGAAAAAGACGUACACAGUUUUUGGAUAUGUUCUUCCUGAAGACAUGGAAAUUGCAGAGAAAAUUGCUACCCUUCCUACUGUACCAGAUCUGUGGAACAAUGUUAAUGUAUCAGUCUUGGAGAAACCAGUGUCUAUCUCAUUACGAAGGAUUAACAAGGUUUCAACGGAAACUUAGUUUAUUUCUGUUGCAAGUUUUUAUCAUUUUGCCAUUAAAUUCGUGGCUUCAAGUAUAGUAAUUCUUUUUUCCUUGUUAUAUCUAGAGCCUUGUUUUAAAGAGAAUAAGUUUUAUUA